AAAUUGUAUUGGUCAGUGGCUGCAGAAGAGUUGGCUUGGCGAUUGGGAGCAAUGAGUACCUGGAGCACAUGGGCAAAUGUCCGCACUUGAUCUCGCACAACGGCUGCAAGUUCCUGCUGAACAGCAAUGUCUCCAUGUAGUCUUUGCAGACGAUCGAUGUAGGUUUUGCAGGCGGUGUAAUGGUUGUUGACCACUUGGAUGCGACUUUCAAUAGCAGGGUUCAUGAGGUUAAAGUCGAACUUGCGCGGAGCGUUAAAUCAAAGACUUCUACGUUUUUUGAUCGUCACCUCAACCGAUCAUGAGCCAAUCGCAUUUGAAUGUCUCUCCAGUGGCAGCCUCAACCACCACAAAGUCUCCAGACAAGAAAAAGACAGAGCUGUCGUUCUCUUUUACUUCGAGUGCGGACAAUGUUAAUUUGAACAUUCUCAUUUUGUUGCAUGGUCUAGGUGACACUCAGGAGCCAUAUAAAAAGCUAGGGAUCAACCUUAAGCUGCCUCAAACAGCCACAAUGGCAGUACAAGCUCCAGAGCCAGUGCCUUACAUGGAUGAUGGAUAUCAAUGGUUUCCCAGUUUCGACUUGUUGACCGGUGAAAUGCUGACACCAGCUGAUCCUAAUCGUAUAAAGGGUUUGACACGAACUCGCGCAUUGUUAAGCAAGCUAAUCCAGCACUUGAUCCACGACUGCCAUUACCAACCCUCCAACAUAUUUUUCUUCGGAUUUUCUCAAGGUGGAACUGUUGCAUUGGAUCAAGUUUUGUUUGGAAAUCAGAAAAAUCUCGGUGGUGUGGUGAGCAUCAGUGGGUAUCUGUUGGAAGAACAAACGCAUGAAAAGAUCACUGGCGAUAAGUUCAAAGGUAAUAUAUUGGUGACGCAAGGAGACAACGAUCGUACGAUUGGCGACAAAAGAGCAGCCGAGAAGAAGCUGGAAAUCAUCAAGAAGUAUUGCGAUGCCAGUGCCAAAGUUUCCCAUUUCUUCGUCCCAGGAAAAGACCAUUCUAUGCCAAAGUCUCAACUGGAAUGGCGAGCCAUCCACACAUUUUUCUCAAUCAAUCUUUCAAGAAGGAAUAUUGAGCUCGAAAACAUGUCCGAAGUAUACCUCGUAUCCAAGUGAGGUGCUGACCAGUCUAUGUAAAAAACCUACCUGUUAAUGCCGUCCCCAGCCGUCAACAA